AGAUGCUGUCCCCAGAACCAUUAACAAGCUGCCUUGUAAAGAAGCUGUAACAGUUCAGCAGACGCAGAUGCCUUUCUAUGGCAAAGACAGGACAUCUGUGAGACCUGUGCAGAAUUUUGAACAAAACUUUACACCCUCUGACUCCUCAAGUCCAGAAAAUAAAAGUUUAGAAGUUAGUGAUACACGUUUUCAUAACUUUUCAUUUUGUGAAUUGAAGAAUGUCACAAAUAACUUCGAUGAACGACCCAUAUCUAUUGGUGGUAAUAAAAUGGGAGAGGGCGGAUUUGGAGUUGUGUAUAAAGGCUUCGUGCACAACACAACUGUGGCAGUGAAGAAACUUGCAACAAUGGUUGACGUUAGUAUUGAAGAACUAAAACAACAGUUUGAUCAAGAAAUAAAAGUAAUGGCAAAGUGUCAACAUGAAAACUUAGUAGAACUACUUGGUUUCUCGAGUGAUGGAGAUGACCUCUGCUUAGUAUAUGUUUACAUGCCCAAUGGUUCACUGUUAGACAGACUGUCUUGCCUGGAUGGUACUCCACCUCUUUCUUGGAACAUGAGAUGCAAGAUUGCUCAGGGUGCAGCUAAUGGCAUCAGUUUUCUCCAUGAAAACCAUCAUAUACAUAGAGACAUUAAAAGUGCAAAUAUCUUACUAGAUGAAGCCUUUACUGCCAAAAUAUCUGACUUUGGGCUUGCACGGGCUUCUGAGAAGUUUGCCCAGACGGUCAUGACUAGCAGAAUUGUGGGAACAACAGCGUAUAUGGCACCUGAAGCUUUGCGAGGAGAAAUCACACCCAAAUCUGACAUUUACAGCUUUGGUGUGGUUUUACUAGAAAUAAUAACUGGACUUCCAGCUGUGGAUGAACACCGUGAACCUCAGUUAUUGCUAGAUAUUAAAGAAGAAAUUGAAGAUGAAGAAAAGGCAAUUGAAGAUUAUAUUGAUACGAAGAUGAAUGACGCUGAUCCUACUUCAGUUGAAGCUGUAUACUCUGUUUCUAGUCAAUGUCUGCAUGAAAAGAAAAAUAAAAGACCAGAUAUUAAGAAGGUUCAACAGCUGCUGCAAGAGGUGACAGCUUCUUAGAACUUUAUUGGAAUAGAUUUUUGACUUUUUAUAUUCAGCUAUCUAAACCAUUUUUAAACUAAUUUUUUUAAACGUUCUUCUUUACCUUUAACAAGGUAGCCUGGUACAGUGCAGUGGUUAUUAAAGCAUGAGUUGAACUUCCAACAUAUAGAACAGAUAAAAGUAAAAGUAAAGCCACCAUAUCAACACUUAGCACCACCCACUUAGUAUCACCCUGACUUCCUGAAAUAAUCCCUGAGACAUCGCCUUUAAACAUCAUCAAACACUGUUUGAAAACUAUAGGAUUAGCAAAAAGAAAACAGGCUAUGUAUAGCAUCAAAAGACCCUGGUCUGAAGCCUGACUCCACUAUGAAUUUGCUGUAAAGCUUUGGUCAAACUCUUAGCAGCUGUGAGCCUUGGUUUUUUCACUUACAACAUUGGACUAUUAUCUGCUGUACUUCUCUAACAGGUAGUCAUAAAAAUCAAAUGAUGCAGAAUAUAUACAAGCACUUUGCAAAUUAGAAAUUGAUAUAAAAUUUAAAGUUUAUAGAGACAGUUAUAAAGUACUAUUACAACACUAUGUUUAUAGGCUCAUGUUCACAGUGUUAUUUUAAGCAAUCAUUCACCACAAACCAAAUAUCCCCUAAUGAUGCUGCUGUAAUGUUAAGUCUGUAAUUCUCUUAUGUUACAUGGCAAAUUUGAAGGAAUUUUUUGUAGAUAUAAUUAAGGUUCCUAAUCAACUACUUUUGAGUAUCAAAAGGGAGACUGUGUUGAAUGGGCCUGACUUAAUCAGGUGAACCCUUACAAGAAGUCAGAGAUUCUCCCCUGGCCUUGAAGAAGUACCAUGAUGUGAUAAAGCCAUAUUGGCUAAAACCUACAGAUGGCCUCUGGGAGAUGAGAAACACCCUCCAGCUAUCAGCAAGCAGGAAAAAAAAAUUGGACCUCAUUUGUACAACCACAAGGAACUGAAUUCUGCCAACAACCUGAAUGAACUUAGACAAGUACUCCCAGCUUCAGGUAAUACCACAGCCUGGGCUGAUAUCUAGAUUUCAACUUUGCCAGACCCUCGGUAUGAGAAUCUGAGCUUGCCUGGACUUCUGACUUACAGAACUGUGAGAUGAUAAUAAAUGGGGUUGCAUUAAGCCAAGUUUAUGGUAAUUUAUUAUGCAGCAAU